UUUAAGAAAAAAGUUGCCUGGUCUAACACCAGUAAAUACGCGUAACACAAGAGAAGAGGAUUGUGCGCAUGCGCUCUGAUUCAGACUGUCUUUUGAUUUGCGAGAGAUCGAGCGAAUCCUUUCAACAGAAGCCACCUAUGUCUCCAGUCGCUCACAGCUUAUCUUCAAUGGCUUCUGUGCUGGGAUCCACCAUUAUGAGGAAAAAUGGCCCCAUAAUUUAUCGAUCUUUCUCACGAACAGCUCUGCCAUUAUUAAAAAUAUCACAGGCAGAGGGUUCAACCAGCAGCAGUAAAAUCGAUCAAUUCAUCUUACCAGUUGCUGUUUUCUUGUCCCUGUUUGGUUUUAGUGUUUCACUAUUCAGCACCAGACAACUUUAUGAUAAUUCUUCCAGAUCACCCUUUAAGAGAUAAUGAUCUUCACAUAUUAGGGUUGGUAAAAUACGAACUUAUUAUCAAACUCGAUAUGUAAGAUAAAUGGGAACUUCUCAAACUUCAGAAAAAUAUACUCAAUAUAUUUAUAAAACAUACAACUAUUUUGUGAAAAGAAAAAUUUUAUUCUCAAUGUUGUAGUUGUAUUUAUUAAUAAAAAGCUGCAAAACA